CAGACAACAACGUUCGUGAGAAUGAUGGCAUUCGAUACGUAGCCAUAGAUUUGCAUGCUAGGACUAUCCCCGUAUAUGGAGGUAUCGAUUGCAAUGCUCUGCUUAACUAUGCAGAACAGCUGGAGGUAUCUAUUGAGCAAGAACAGGACGGAGACGAGGGCUUUCCGCCCCCAGAACAGCUCGAUCUCUCUGUCCAGUGUAAGAAGGUACUCGUAUAUGUACGCCGCUGAGCAAGACAAGGCCCAAUAAUUACUGAUGCGACUAGGCAGCCAGAUAUGAGCGUGCACGAUGCGAGUCACGGAGAUUCAACGAGACAAAUCAUUUACCCGUUGGGCAGCGUUCGGUGCCUUCUCUCCGGUGAGCACGUGGGCACUGCCAUGAGAUCGAGUGACAUAGAUCCUUCGCAAUGGGCAUAGAGUCCUUUAUCGUACUCCUCCGUACUCACGACCACACCAUGCCUCCAUAUGAGAUUGAAGGCUGUGAGAGGCUGUGGAUGUCAGCGAACUGGCAGUGCUGAGAACAUAUGUAUAUGCAAUUACCAGCACGCAGCUCCCACUUCGAGCGCUGGGGCUCCAUGUAUGAAGCGGCAAGACAUGCGGGUCCGGUCGGUCUCGCUGGGACCAGCGGAACGCUGACAAGAACGACGUUAGGGACUCGGAUGCACAAUAUUCCCACACUAAGACCCUGGAAGAGUCCUUCGCAGCCUCAGAUGCGUCUGCUCGAAAACCCUCUGAUGGUACAAUGCGUGCUCGGGGGCUUGCGAGCCAGCAUCGGAGAAGGCACUGCGUCAGGUAAAGUGCUCGACGUGACACAAUUGAGCGUCGUACGACGUGAACGGACCUGACUGCAAGUGAGGUGUCUGAUCUCUGGGAUUCCUGGCAUGAGCUAGAGGGAGAGCGACACAUUCAACUAGAGAGGUCGAUUGUGGAACAGGCAGCAAUCGAAGCGAUAUUGGGUCCAUAGCCAUACCACAUCCAAAUUGCCGUACUUGUCGUUGAGGAGUUGACGAAUCGAUUGCUUUGGAGGCGAAUCUCG